GCUGCUCUGGUUUACCCACACUUUUUCCCACUCAUUCUCUCUCUCCCACCCCGGUGAGUAUUCCCUCUCAUUUGUGUUCUGAAAGGAAAAUGGGUAGCCUUGAAACAGAAAGAACAACAACAGGAUGGGCAGCCAGAGACCCUUCUGGGAUUCUCUCUCCUUAUACCUACACUCUCAGAAACACAGGCCCGGAAGAUGUUUACAUCAAAGUCCUCUGCUGUGGAGUUUGCCAUAGUGAUGUUCAUCAGAUCAAGAAUGAUCUUGGCAUGUCCAACUAUCCCAUGGUUCCAGGCCACGAAGUGGUUGGUGAGGUGUUGGAGGUGGGAUCGGCUGUGACCAACUUCAAAGUUGGAGACACCGUGGGAGUCGGAGCCAUCGUUGGAUGCUGCAGAAACUGCCCCCCAUGCAAAGCGGAUGUCGAGCAAUACUGCAACAAGAAAAUCUGGUCCUACAACGACGUUUACACCGACGGAAAACCCACCCAAGGCGGCUUUGCGGGCGCCAUGGUGGUCGAACAAAAAUUUGUGGUGAAGAUACCAGAUGGAUUGGAACCGGAACAGGCGGCGCCUCUGUUGUGUGCGGGGGUGACAGUUUACAGUCCACUGAAUCAUUUUGGGUUGAAGCAGAGUGGGUUGAGAGGAGGGAUUUUGGGACUUGGAGGAGUGGGACACAUGGGGGUGAAGAUAGCCAAGGCCAUGGGGCACCAUGUGACUGUGAUAAGCUCUUCGGACAAGAAGAGAGAAGAGGCUAUGGAGCAUCUUGGGGCUGACGAGUACCUGGUCAGCUCCGACUCAACUCGGAUGCAGGAAGCGGCUGACUCGCUGGAUUAUAUUAUUGAUACUGUGCCUGUGUUUCACCCUCUUGAGCCUUACCUAUCUCUGUUGAAGCUGGAUGGCAAGCUAAUAUUGAUGGGUGUUAUAAACACUCCUCUGCAGUUUCUCUCCCCCGUCGUUAUGCUUGGGAGGAAGUCGAUCACAGGGAGCUUCGUAGGGAGCAUGAAGGAAACAGAGGAGAUGCUUGAGUUCUGCAAAGAGAAGGGGCUGAAUUCCAUGAUUGAAGUCGUGAAGAUGGAUUACGUCAACAAAGCCAUUGAAAGGUUGGAGAAGAACGAUGUUAGGUACAGAUUCGUUGUGGAUGUCGCUGGAAGUAACCUUAAUCAGUGAAAUGUACCAACAGCUUUAAGAAAAGCAAAAUCCUAUACUGUUUAAGAUAUAGAUAAACGUCUACGUUUGCCACCAAACAUUCAAUGUUUUCCCACUAAUACCAAGCAGAGGUCGUGUUUUCUUAAAGAAUGAAAUUGUUUGAUGUUUGUGUUUGGAA